UUGACGUUGUAGCCUCCGGUGCCCCGGGCUCAGGCGCGCGCCAUUGGCCGCCAGACCUUGUGCCUGGCGGCCAAUGGGGGGGCGCAGUCCACGAGCGGUGCCGCGUGUCUCUUCCUCCCAUUGGCUGAAAGUUACUGUGGGAAAGAAAGUUUGGGAAGUUUCACACGAGCCGUUCGCGUGCAGUCCCAGAUAUAUAUAGAGGCCGCCAGGGCCUGCGGAUCACACAGGAUCUGGAGCUGGUGCUGAUAACAGCGGAAUCCCCCGUCUACCUCUCUCCUUGGUCCUGGAAUAGCGCUACCGAUCUCUAGCCCUAAGACAUAAUAAAACUCCAACUGCUCAGUAGUUUUUCUUAUGAAAAUCAAGUAAAAGGCACGUAAGCAAAAAAAAAAAAAUUUUUUUUUUUUGCGUGAAGGAUUCCAAAAAUAAAAUUCUCUGGGGACUGAGAAGAAAGAAAAAAAAAUGCCAGCUGAUAUAAUGGAGAAAAAUUCCUCCUCCCCGGUGGCUGCUACCCCAGCCAGUGUCAACACGACACCGGACAAACCAAAGACGGCCUCUGAGCACAGAAAGUCAUCAAAGCCUAUCAUGGAGAAGAGGCGAAGGGCAAGAAUAAAUGAAAGUCUGAGCCAGCUGAAAACACUGAUUUUGGAUGCACUUAAGAAAGAUAGCUCCCGGCAUUCCAAGCUGGAGAAGGCAGACAUUCUGGAAAUGACAGUGAAGCACCUCCGGAACCUGCAGCGGGCGCAGAUGACCGCCGCGCUCAGCACAGACCCGAGCGUGUUGGGGAAGUACCGCGCCGGCUUCAGCGAGUGCAUGAACGAGGUGACCCGCUUCCUGUCCACGUGUGAGGGCGUUAACACCGAGGUGCGCACUCGGCUCCUGGGCCACCUGGCCAACUGCAUGACCCAGAUCAACGCCAUGACCUACCCGGGGCAGGCGCACCCCGCCUUGCAGGCGCCGCCGCCGCCGCCCCCGUCAGGACCUGGCGGUCCCCAGCACGCGCCAUUCGCGCCGCCGCCGCCGCCGCUUGUGCCCAUCCCCGGGGGCGCGGCGCCCCCUCCCGGCAGCGCACCCUGCAAGCUGGGCAGCCAGGCUGGAGAAGCUGCCAAGGUUUUUGGCGGCUUCCAAGUGGUGCCGGCUCCUGACGGCCAGUUUGCCUUCCUCAUCCCCAACGGGGCCUUCGCCCACAGCGGCCCGGUCAUCCCGGUCUACACUAGCAACAGUGGGACCUCGGUGGGUCCUAACGCAGUGUCACCUUCCAGCGGCUCCUCGCUCACUGCGGACUCCAUGUGGAGGCCGUGGCGGAACUGAGGGGCUCAGGCCACUGUUAACUAUAAACUCCCUAGCCCACCUCUCUCUUCUGACGGACACUAAAUACGAACUUGGAUUUUAGGAAGAGACUUUUAUAAUUCGGUGGUUACUUUGUUGCUUUUUUUUUAAUUCUAAAGAGUUACUUUUUUGUAGAGAGCUGUAUUAAGUGACUGACCAUGCACUGCAUUUGUAUAUAUUUUAUAUGUUCAUAUUGGAUUGCGCCUUUGUAUUAUAAAAGUUGAGAUGACAUUUCGUUUUUUACACGAGAUUUCCUUUUUUAUGUGAUGCCAAAGAUGUUUGAAAAUGCUCUUAAAAUAUCUUCCUUUGGGGAAGUUUAUUUGAGAAAAUAUAAUAAAAGAGUGAAGGCUUUUA